AUGGAACAACUCAAGCAGCAAGAUCGCAGAGGAUCGAUCCGCAAAGUCUUCGGAUCCUUCAUUCGAAAGAAGCCCCCGUCUUCUUCACCAUCGUAUGCCAAUGGUGCCGAUGAGGCUGCGUCAGUCUCCGGAGCCCUCUCGACGCCUCGCGACAGCCACCUCCUCGACCGGAGGCGCGCCAUCCGGCCAAGCCACCGGUGCGCCUCCGCGUCGCGGUGGGGCCCCACCAACUCUCACUGAUGCGUGAGCCAGUACAUCCACUAAGACAAACCCAGUGGUUAAAUCUCGCAGCUCUUUCAGCUUCGCAUCAAGUGUCACGAAGUCGCCCUUCUCUCGUGGCAAGAUCUCGGGCGACACUAGCCCGCCCGCCGCCAUCACCGUCUUCACACUCUCGAAUCUAACCCCAAGACCAUUAUAACCCGGAGACUUUGACGAUCCUCCUUUACCACCUAUGGGUUGUCGGCUUCGGACUAUGUCUCUUCCUCGGGCAUCCAUCGAUCACCCGUGCCGCUCGACGAGACUCUCCGCCAGCGUGCCGUAGACAACCUUGGGCUUCUGCCGUCCGUGCAACACCGUGCUUCGAAUGGAUCGGCCGACACGGUCUACGACGGGGACCGUGGGCGCUCGAAGACACCUUCAUCCGACUUGGAUCUACCCUCUCCCAAAGAGUUGGCGUCGCACCCCGCUUUACAAGCCUUGAUCACCAAGGCGAACGGCUACUUCGGGACCUGCGCGGGCAACGUCUCGCUCGUUUCGCAGGACAAGACCGUCUACUUUGCCGAGCAGGGCUUGGGCGGGCUCGAUGAUCUACCAAGGAAAGAUUUGGCUUGUGAUCACAUGUUGACCAAGGCUUCCGUACAAGGACUGCCAGGUGACGAUGGUCUCAGAGGCAUCGAGUUCGGGGAGCUCGGCGCCGUGGACCGCAGUGCCGAGGGGUUGAUCAUUCCGGACCUCAGCAAAGAUUGGCGCUUCUCAAAGGCAAGUAGCGGGCGCGAGUGGUCGGGAGGCUGUGUUGAUAUUGAAGAGCGCUGACCUUAGAUUGCGAACGCCUCCUUGGUCCUGGCCACAGAAUAUACUCGGAGAGUUUUCGAAGGGUUUCUACGCCGGCACCCCCAUCCGACUUCCUUCGGCUCUUGGUGACUCGUUUCCCACACGACCCUGCGGUGUGUUUUGUAUCCUUUCACAACAAGCUCGGACCGAACCUUUCACGAAGCAGGAUCGACAACUUCUCGCCAACCUUGCGGACGAAGCCGGACGCGAGCUGUUGAAAGUCAGCCAGGAGCGAGCAGGGAAGCGUGGUGACAAUCUGCUGGCCAAGUACGAAGAGCUGAAGAAGGCGAGUGCCAAGGCGGCCCGACGAGCGUCGAGUGACGCGGGGGACGAUGCCACAGGUGGUAUAAGAGCUUCAGAACAGCAAGGUGAUGGUGCUUUACGGUCGAUCGGACAAAUGGAUCAAUCACUUGAGCGGGCUAUCCGCGGCGGCAAUCUUUUUGAGCGUCGAGCAUCGCGGAACGGUUCGAUCGAUGCUCCAUUUAGAGUGCAAAUUGCCACAGGCUCCCCUACCCCGAGCAAUUCCUCGACCCCAGGCGGAGGCAAGCCUCCCACCACCGCUAGAUCGACUGCCUCUUCGAUACGCUCCUUCGCGCUCGACGAAUUGUACAAUCUCUCGCCGGAAAGCGCGGCACCUGUCUUCCCGCGACGCCUCGCUCGGACCCCUCGCGCCGAUCCUGAAACCGCGGGCGUCAACGCCCCCGCAGCUAAAGUAUCGGAUGGCAUCAAGAGCUCAUUCGAUCUUUCGACAAGGAUGAUCUGCGAGAGCUUGGACUUUGACUUCUGUUGUGCGUGCACCCGAUGA